AUGGACGUCACACCAGCAGCGAACGCGUCUUCCGGCUCUUCAUCUGUGCCGUCGAGCUCAAAGACGGUACACGAUGUUAUCGCCAAGGUCGACGUUGCUGAAUUUGACUGGAAAGCGUACGAGGGGACGUAUCGAGGCCGUGCCUUGAUCACUCGACUCAACCACAUCCCCACGAUUCUUCUCUCCAACUCGAACUCCACACCCGCUCAUUCCCUUCACCUCGCUCGUACGGCCCUUCAGCGCCUUCUUCCCCUUAUCAAAGAGACAUGGGAUACGUCGCUCUACCUUCGAGUCGCUACAGCUCUCGAAGAUACGCGUGUCGGAGCGAAAGGUGGGCCAGUGAGGAGGGAUGAGGAUGAGGCGAUGGACGGCACAUCCGCGUCGCGUGGGGCUUCUGCGCGGGGUGAAAUCGAUAUGGACUGGGUUGAGAGCGCGAGGGAUGCCGAGAGGAAGGAAGGAUCAAGGCUGGAUGUGGAGCUGAGGGGGUACAUGAGCAAUUUGAUCAAAGAAAGCAUCAGGCUCACGUAUCUUGCCUUUGCCCAGCUCUCGCUGAAAUCGGGCCGAGCCUCGGACGCGCUCAAAAAUUAUACCUCUGCUCGAGAGUACAGCACGUCACCAGCGCACCACGUCGACCUCUACGUCGGUAUCCUCGAUACAUCCCUCGCAUUCAACAACCCCGGCACUCUGCCCGGCUAUGUCACCAAGCUCGAAGGUGUUCUCGACCGCGCCUACCCCGCUCCUGCUGCUGCGGGACCCCGGAUCGGUGCAGAAGCAGCCGCUGCUGCAACAGCCAACUUGACCGCUGCGGACGUGAGGGAAAACCAAGAGAAGGAAGCCAGGUCGGCCGAGAUGCGGCGGAAUGUCGGCGUGAAGAUUCGGGUGGCGAAGGGUCUGGACGCGCUGGCGAGGAAGGAGUGGGAGCGUGCCGGGAGGGAGAUGGGAGAGGUCGGUGAGGAGGGCGGAUUGGCCGGUUGGGAAGGAAAGGCCAUCUCCACUGCUGAUAUUGCGCUCAUCACUGCUCUCUGUACCCUCGCUACUUCCAAGCGCGACCGGAUCCGACGCGUUCUGCUCGAGCGCACUUCUUUCCGAUCUGCCGUCGACGACUCCCAGGGCUGGAUCAUCGAGCUCGUCCGAGCGUUCAUGGAGGCCAAGUAUGGAGAAGUCUCGGUCAUUCUCAACAAGGCAGAGCCCCAACUCGUCCUGAACCCCUUCCUUUACCAACACACCGUCGAUCUCAUCUCGCUUAUCCAGACUCGUGCUAUCGUGCAGUAUGUCGCGCCCUUCUCGUCCAUCAAGAUCGAUACGAUGGCGCGGGCGUUUGACCGUAACACCGACGAUAUGCUGAGGGAGGUGGAGUACCUGGUUGGGGAGGGCCGGAUCGAGGGGAGGGUGGAUCUUAUUGAUGGAGUGCUCGAGAUGAAGCAGGACAAUGCUCGAGGGGAGCUCUUCAAGGAUGCUUUCCGGGUGGCAAAAUCCACGACUAUGGGCAGUAAGGCUGCGCUUAUCCGGAUGAGGCUGUGA